GCCGGGUUGGCUCAGCUUCAGUUUUGUGAGCCGUACAGAAAUGAGAAGCUGUUUCUCUGACAGGAGGUGUGUCCUGGCUACUUAAAAGGGGCGUAAAAUCCCUCUGCGACUGUGACUGACGUCCAUCUUGCAGCGCUUCUCCCUGCAGAACACAACGGUACAGUCCGUGAAAAUGGCCCAGUCCAUCCUCAGCACGAUGUCCAGAGCCUUGACGGGAACGCUGGUGGUUACAGAGCCUCUGAAUUUCUGGGCUGGAAAACGGAUGAAACCCAGGGAGGAGAAAAAGGCCGAGCCCGUGUUCGAGCCUGCAACUGGCCGUGUCCUGCACCAGUUGGUGCCCUGUGGGGCGGAGGAGGUGGAUGAAGCCAUCCAGAGUGCCCACUCUGCCUACCUGAAAUGGAGCAAGCUGUCUGGCAUGGAGAGGGCUCGGGUCAUGCUUGAGGCCGCCCGCAUUACGAGGGAAAGAAGGGAGGAAAUUGCAAAGCUGGAGGUGAUCAACAAUGGCAAGUGCAUCACUGAAGCUCUGGUGGAUAUUGAUGUUGCCAGCCAGACCAUGGAGUUCUAUGCUGGCAUGGCUGGUACACUUACAGGUCAGCACAUCCAGCUCCCUGGAGGAGCCUUCGCCUACAGCAGGAGGGAGCCCCUUGGUGUGUGCGCUGGAAUCGGAGCAUUCAACUACCCCUUUCAGAUCUCUGUAACAAAGUCUGCUCCGGCCCUGGCAUGUGGUAAUGCUAUGGUGUUCAAGCCUUCUCCCAUGACUCCUCUGACUGCUGUGAUUAUGGCUGAGAUCUACAAAGAAGCAGGGGUACCUGAUGGACUCUUCUGUGUGGUACAAGGUGGAGCAGAGACUGGCUCUCUGCUCUGCCACCACCCCAAGAUUGCCAAAAUCUCCUUCACAGGCAGCGUUCCAACAGGCAAGAAGAUCAUGGAAAUGUCUGCAAAGGGGGUGAAGCAGGUGACUCUGGAACUCGGAGGAAAGUCUCCCCUCAUCAUCUUCAAAGACUGUGAUCUGGAGAACGCUGUAAGGGGAGCGCUCAUGGCCAACUUCCUGACACAAGGACAGGUUUGCUGCAAUGGAACCAGGGUGUUUGUGCAGAGGGAGAUCAUGCCACAGUUCCUGGAAGAAGUUGUCAAGAGGACCAAGACCAUCGCUGUGGGCGACCCACUGCUCGAGAGCACCCGGAUGGGGGCCAUGAUCAGCAAGCCCCAGCUUGACAAAGCUCUGGGGUUUGUCACUCAGGCCAAGAAGGAGGGAGCCAAAGUGCUUUGUGGAGGAGAGGCUUUUGUCCCCAGUGACCCCAAACUGAAGGGGGGGUAUUUUAUGUCCCCCUGUGUCCUUGAUAACUGCAGAGAUGACAUGACCUGUGUUAAGGAGGAGAUUUUUGGUCCAGUCAUGUCUGUCCUGCCUUUUGACAAUGAGGAAGAAGUGAUCCAGAGAGCUAACAACACCACCUAUGGACUGGCCUCUGGUGUCUUCACUAGGGAUAUAUCUCGAGCUCAUCGUGUGGCAGAGAGGCUGGAGGCGGGGACUUGCUUCAUCAAUAACUACAACAGCAUCGCUGUGGAAAUGCCGUUCGGAGGAUACAAGAUGUCAGGCUUUGGCAGGGAGAACGGCCAGGUGACCAUUGAGUACUACUCCCAGCUGAAGACUGUGGUUGUUGAACUGGGAGACGUUGAGAAUCACUUCUAAAUCAAUUCUGUUUACACACAACACUAGAACUGUGACUGACAUGCUUCACUUCUAUCUUCCUACCCAGACCUGAACUUUCUAUCCACAAAAUGUGACUCCACCUGAGUAUUAGCCAACUCUACUAACAGCAUAGGUGUCUGUCGAAGCAAGAGGGCUAAAAAACAUCGUAUCAGCAUUAGGCCAACUGAUACUGUAUGCUAAACUGAUAUCUACGAAUAAAAUGUUUCAGUGACAAA